AAAAACGUUAAAAAAGUAAUUUUGUUUAAAAUAUUUAGUCAUCUUUUUGUAUUGUAGACCCCCAACAAAAGCAAACAAUGAAAAUAGUUGCUUUGUGUUUAAUAAUUCUUGCUGAGACCAUUAACUUUAAUCCGCAGUUGUUGUUUUUUUAGAAAACGCAGCAAGAUCAACCAGAAAGAGCGGUGACAGACGACGGUGAAAAGAAGGUAUUUCAAAGAAAUACCAACUUAUCUACAGCAUAAAACAUGACAGACAUUGAAGUUCAGGUUGAGGUGCAGCCAAACUCACCGGAACAACAUUCGUUUGGGGGCCUGCAGGAGGACAUGAGCGGCGAGAGGGAUUCAGACUGCAGGGAGAGUCUUAACACUGGACAAGGAGAGGUGGAGGAGCCACUGUCGUUGUUGGCUGUCGUUACUCUGGCUCCACCCUGUGGUGAUCAUAUGGCCUGCAGCUGUGACUGUGAGGCCUGCAACUGUCUGGAGAUGAGAUGGAUUGAGAGACACCUCCAGUCCAUUGAGCUGCAGCUCCAGUUCCUCAUGAGCAAAGCAGAUGACUUACACGACUGCCUUGUCGAUGGACAGGGUCAUCUAGAGAGCGAGGCUCUUGCUGCUGCAGUGCCGAGUUUCCUGUACAUCUGUCAGCCUUUCUUUAACCACCUGGAAUCCACAAGCACCGUGUCUCAGCACACCCCACUGCCUUUUGACGUCUACACAAGGCGCGUGCAGCUGUUGGACUUCUCUCAGCAGCUGUGUGACAGGUUGGAGCAGCUGGUGUUGACCUACGCCAGCUACAAUGUCCUCUGUUUGGACGAGACCGAGCCUAACAGUGUGUCUCACUUCUGCAUCGGUCAGAGCCAGCUCGGUCCUCUGAGGGUGACCACGUUUCGCUACUGUAAGCCCACGCCGUACCUGGCCCGGGUCGACACGGGCCUGUACAAACGCAUGCGCUGGAACGUGGAGAGACUCCGAGACGAGCAGCAGACAGAUGAAGAGAGCGAGGCAGAAAUAGUCGGCGACACAGUGUAUUACUUCCUGUGCUACGAGGACAUUCCUAAUGUACACGCAGAGGCUAGCAGGGAUAACCAAGAUGCCUCUGACGUGGUAAGGAUGUGGUCCAUCGGUCAGUGGGUGCAGGUGACCCCCGACACAGAGGACAUCUAUGACUGGAUCACGUGCGAGGUUCCUCAGGCCGACUAUAACAGGCUGUUGUUUCUGGGCAGCGAGGAGCCGUCUAGCUGCAGCGCUACAGACUACCUGCAGCAGCUGCUGCUGUCACACAAGACAACAGAGUGAUGAGAUAUCAGUGGUGUGUAUUGGCGCACAUAUGACAUCUGUCUCUGGGAUACACCAUCCUUGAUGGUUGGUAGAGGGAUAAACAGCUUGUGAAAAGAGACCGCACCAAUUUAGAUCACACAGGACGCUGCAGAUAAAUCCUUAAGAUAGUUAUUAAGCAGAAUGGGUCGUUGAGUUUAUGGGAGAUUCUGAGCAUCUGAACAUCUGGUUUCUUGUGUCUGGAUGUCUGAGCAGAAACACCCGAGCUGUCACAUGACUGUAAAAUAUGUGAUACUUCAGCCUAAACGACUUGAUGCAUUCAGGACCUGUUGGGUUUUUUCACAUUUAAAGCUGAAGAGGCUUCUGUUUUCAUAAUACACUGUGACCAGUGUUGGUUUCAAAAACAAAGUUCAAUAGUCAAGUUAUGU